UAUGUAAUUUGGAUUUUACUGUUUAGUUUGGGUGACUAUAAAAUGAUUUGGGGUUUUUAAGGACUGAGAAAUAUUGCUCUAGGUUAGUUUUUGCAAACAGAAAGUUGAGUGUUAUAAAUUCCACCUCCCACAGACCAGAAUUCACAUCCAUUGGUCAGGGGCAAAUACCACUGGCUCUGCGUGCUCAGUCACUUUGUGCCAUUCCACCAAGUCGGAGCCAAAGGAAGUUUGAAAAAUGAACAUUUUAGCAAGCCUUAUUCUGGGACUUGUCUUCUUUGAUGCUGCUGUGACAGCCCCAACUCCAGAUUCCAUCAACUAUGACUCAGAAACCUAUGGUGCCACCUUGGAAGACUUCGAUAACUUAUACAACUAUGAAAACAUACCAAUUGAGCAAGCUGAGAGUGAAAUAGCAACAAUGAUGCCUUCCGGAAACAGCGAGCUCCUCACUCUGCCCCCAAAGCCAGAAGAAACUCAGGAGGAGGAAGAGGAAGAAUCCACCCCCAGGCUGAUUGAUGGGUCUUCCCCUCAGGAGCCUGAAUUCACCGGGGUUCUGGGCCCACACACCAAUGAAGACUUUCCAACUUGCCUUCUGUGUACUUGUAUAAGUACCACUGUAUACUGUGAUGACCAUGAACUUGAUGCUAUUCCUCCACUGCCCAAGAAUACUGCUUAUUUCUAUUCUCGCUUUAACAGAAUUAAAAAGAUCAACAAAAAUGACUUUGCAAGCCUAAAUGAUUUAAAAAGGAUAGAUUUGACAUCAAAUUUAAUAUCUGAGAUUGAUGAAGAUGCAUUCCGAAAGCUGCCUCAACUUCGAGAGCUUGUCCUGCGUGACAACAAAAUAAGGCAGCUCCCAGAAUUGCCAACUACUUUGACUUUUAUUGAUAUUAGCAACAAUAGACUUGGAAGGAAAGGGAUAAAGCAAGAAGCAUUUAAAGAUAUGUAUGAUCUCCAUCAUCUCUACCUCACUGAUAACAACUUGGACCACAUCCCUCUGCCACUCCCAGAAAAUCUACGAGCUCUUCACCUUCAGAAUAACAACAUUCUGGAGAUGCAUGAAGACACCUUCUGCAAUGUUAAAAAUGUGACUUACAUCCGUAAGGCACUGGAGGACAUUCGACUGGAUGGAAAUCCCAUUAACCUCAGCAAGACACCUCAAGCAUACAUGUGUCUACCUCGUCUGCCUAUUGGGAGUCUUGUCUAAUUUCAGAUAAUGGUUAACAUUUUGAUAUCUACCAUAACAAAAACAAUUGUUAUUGCUUCCUUCAAAAACAAAAAGCAUGGCAUUUUCAAAUUAUGUUCUGAAAUAUGUAAUUACAUAAAAGUGCUACGAUAUGAUGAAAAUAUAGUAAUGUAAGACAAUACCAGAUGAGUAAGGAGUAAAUUAGCAGUAUGGAGAUUAUUUCGCAAAUACUCUUAUAAAUCAUAUAUAACUUGCAAGUUUUGGGGGUUCAUAUUCUACAUAAUUUCAGAUUAAAUAUAUCACUAGAAAAAAUCUCUAAGUGAAUUCUUUUGGUCUUUUGCAAAGAUUUAGAUCUUCUAAUUAAACUUUUCUAUUCCUUUUUUCACUAAAGCAUGUUUUCCCCCUAAUUCAUUAAACAGCAUGAAGAAAAGAAUAAAUGUAGUUGAAUAUAGCAAUGGUCAUGUGGGGGAAUAUUUGUUAUAAUUAAUAUACAAAUAACCAUAUCCAAGAAAGAUAUGUACAACCUUUUGUGUUUGAAUGAUAACUUUACCAUCUUAAAGGUCUGUAAAUUUAGUUUAGAUCUUUCCUAAAAUGAAUAGUUACCUGAUGUAUUUCUGUGCUUAUGAAAAAAUAAAAUAUAGAAAAUGGAAAAAUGUAUGAUAUUAUAACCACACUGGGGAAUAAGUUAAGAAUUACCUUCCAGGGAGAGUUGAUCUUCCUGACUUGUAUAGCCAUUAUACAGGCACAUGGUUACAAAUUUAAGGAAAACAAAAAAAAAAUAAUAUUUUAUUUAUUUAUUUGAGAGGUAGAGUUACAGCGAGAGGAAGAGACAGAGAGAAAGGUCUUCUGUCAGUUGGUUUACUCCCCAGACAGCCGGAAUGGCCGGAGCUAUGCCGAUCUGAAGCCAGGAGCCAGGUGCUUCUUCCCAGUCUCCCAUGCAGGUGCAGGGGCCCAAGGAAUUGGGCCAUCUUCUACUGUUUUCCCAGGCCAUAGUACAGAACUGGAUUGGAAGAGGAGCAGCUGGGAUUAGAGUCCAGCGCCCAUAUGGGAUGCCGGUGCUGCAGGUGGAGAAUUAACCUACUGCGCCACAGCGCUGGCCCCAAGAACAACGAAAUUUUAUCAAGUGAAACAUGAGUUUCCUUCCAAAUGUGAGACUGUGAGUUCAAUUUCCUAGAAAUAAUGCGUCCUUGAAUACUUUUAUGACAUUUUCCAUAAUAAACAAGACUUGCACAAAAGGAAUUUCUCACUUUUUACAAAUAUAAAAAGGAGGGUACUUCAAAAUAUUUGUGAAAAACAAAAUGCAAAGUGAAGAUAUUUUUGAUACAAGAAUUUGUUGAAAUCUAUGCAUACUAGGGUUCUUCAGAAAGUUCACAUAAAACAUGUAGUAUGAAAAAAUUACAUAUAGGUUUCAAAUCAUUGGCACCAAAAUGAACUUAUCUUUUAAUUCUAAUAUCCUCAUGCUUUUAAAAAUAUACUCAUACACAUGUGCUGCAAAUACACUUAUCACUAUGUAUGUAUAAAUGUAAACAUGCAUUGUAAGGAUAAUUUUGAAACUCUUUUUGUAAGCAUUUUGUAAGCAUUGUAAGUACUAGUUUGAAACUUUCUUAAUUUGCUGAAAAAUAUUUCUCAGUGGUUUUCCAUAGUAACACUAGCAGUUUUACUGAUUCUAAGACCACCUAUCAAUCCCUUACAAACUGCACAGAACACACUUGUAUGAACAUGAAUAAAUUUGCAUUACAUGUGAGAGUACAUCUACAACUAAAUUCAUAGAAGUAGAAUUCUGGGUCUAAGAUAAUUUAAAUUUUAAUAAAUAUUACUAAAUUCGGAAACUGCUAUACCAACUUACAAUUUUACUAAGAUUGUGAGAAUGUAUAUGGUCCUCUACAAUCUAACAUGGUCUAAUGUAAAACUUUUAAUCGUGGUUAAUCUAUCUCUGAAUAGAUUUUAGUGAAGUAAAAAAAAUACUGCAUUUAUAUUUUUAACUAUAUUUUUCAAAUAUAUUUCUUUUUAAAAAUAGUUUUCUAUUAACAUAUAGAUCUUGUGUAGUUCAUACAUACAAUUCUAAGAAUAUAAUACUCCCCUUCCGCUUCUUCAAUUCCUCCUCCUUCCUUUCAUCUCACUCCCUUCCUCCAUCCUUCUCUCUUUUUUCCCUUUCUUUCUCUCUCUCUUUCUUUCUUUAUUUCUUUCUUCUUUCUCUCCUUCCUUCCUUCCUUAUUAUAACAUCUUUAUAUCAUGUUAUUUAAAUAUUAAGCAACCACAGCACAUCAUUGUUUUAAAAUAGAAGAGGGCAAAAUACAAGAGACAAUAAGUGUACUUCAGUGGAUAUGUCAGAAAAUCCUUUUUACACCUAGAGUUUAAUUUUGAGGCAUUCUAGAUGUUGCAUGGUAAAAGGUAGUAUGUGUAGCUGGCACUGCGGCUCAAUAGGCUAAUCCUCUGCCUGCGGUGCCAGCACCCCAAGUUCUAGUCCCAGUCAGGGCACCGGAUUCUGUCCCGGUUGCUCCUCUUCCAGGCCAGCUCUCUGCUGUGACCUGGGAAGGCAGUGGAGGAUGGCCCAAUUCCUUGGGCCCUGCACCCGCAUAGGAGACCAAGAGAAGCACCUGGCUCCUGGCAGUGGAUCAGCGCAGUGCGCGGGCUGCAGCGCACCAGCCGCAGUGGCCAUUGGGGGGUGAACCAACGGAAAAGGAAGACCUUUCUCUCUGUCUCUCUCUCUCUCACUGUCCAUUCUGCCUGUCAAAAAAUUAAAAAAAGGUAGUAUGUGCAUAUGCCAUACAUACAUACAUCCAAAUUGUUACAAUAGCAACUAAUUAUUGAAUAUAAACCAUGUAUCAGGUAUAUAGCAUGUAUUAAUUCACAUCCUAAGAGUUGGGUCUAAAACCUAUUCCAAGUUACAGGUCAUACAAGAGAGCUUAAACAACUUGACCUGGGUCAAGGAUUGACUCAUAACCCUAUUGUUGUGCUCUGAUGCUAGAAAAAUACCUUUCCCCAGUUUUGUAGAGACUGGACAGAGAUGCAAUGGUCAGCAUUGUCUUUGUGUGCAAUGGGGACUUUCACAUGACCAAAGGCCUGCUUUCAAAUCAAGAUGGUAGAAUAUAAGAGGGUCCAGUGCUUUCCUCUAGAUCCUGGCCUUGAGAAGAUCUGCAGAAAGAUGGACUGAGUUCCUUAGAGCCAAAGGGGUAAAUGGAAGCUCCUAGCAGGCAGGACUGAUGUACUCAUUAGGCACAGUAAGCGCAGUACUGAGGACCCUCAGUAAAGUAUAGACCAAUGAAAAUGUUUAGUUCUUCUUAAAACGGAACCUGAACAUAGCAAUAAUAAUAAAUAUGCAAUCACCAACCUA